CCGACCGUCAGCCGACGCAACGGGACAACGGAACACACGCGCGCGCACCAAAACCUAAGGCGGCGGCGGCGAGAACCACGGUCCGGCGGCGCGGAGGAAGGCGAGCACCCCUAGCCUGUGCCCGCACCGCGCUCUCCGAUGGCGGCGCCUCCGGUCACAGCUUCCGCGCCCUCCCGGUGCCUUUCCGGUGCCAAGCCGCGCGCCGCCGCUCAGCGGAGUCUCAGCUCGCUCACCGUCUCGGCGCCUUUGGUUGCCCCCCGGCAAGGCGGGAGCCGCUGUCUCGGUUUCCGUGCCAAGUUUGCCAGUGGCGUGCAGAGUGCCAGCGUGUUAGACGAUGGAGCGCAAAGGCCGUGGAAGCUGAGUGAUGCUCGUCUUGUUCUAGAGGAUGGCUCAGUGUGGAGGGCCAAGUCCUUUGGUGCUUCAGGAACUCAAGUUGGCGAAGUGGUUUUCAAUACAUCCUUGACAGGCUAUCAGGAGAUUUUGACUGACCCAAGCUAUGCCGGUCAAUUUGUCCUGAUGACCAACCCUCAUAUUGGAAACACUGGUGUUAAUCCUGAUGAUGAAGAAUCGAACCAAUGUUUCCUUGGUGGCCUGAUCAUAAGAAAUCUAAGCAUAUGUACUUCCAACUGGCGAUGCACAGAAACACUUGAAGAGUAUCUGAUUAAGAGGAACAUUAUGGGCAUAUACGACGUGGAUACACGUGCCAUAACACGUAGAUUAAGAGAAGAGGGUAGUCUUAUUGGUGUCUUGAGUACUGAUCAAUCUCGGACAGAUGAUGACUUGUUGGAAAUGGCCCGAAAGUGGAAAAUUGUUGGAGUUGAUUUGAUUAGUGGUGUCACAUGCGAUGCUCCAUAUGAAUGGUUAGACAAGACCAAUUCGGAAUGGGAGUUCAAGAAGGAUGAGUCAAGUGAAAGUUUUCAUGUGGUUGCUUAUGAUUUUGGAAUCAAGCAUAAUAUUUUGAGACGCUUGACAUCAUAUGGAUGCAAAAUAACUGUUGUUCCAGCAAAUUGGCCUGCUUCAGAGGUACUUAAUUUGAAGCCUGAUGGUGUUCUUUUUAGCAAUGGUCCUGGAGAUCCAGCUGCAGUUUCCUAUGCUGUGAAGACAGUACAAGAAAUAAUAGGGAAGGUUCCUGUGUUUGGCAUCUGUAUGGGCCACCAAUUGAUUGGGCAGGCUCUUGGUGGGAAGACAUUUAAAAUGAAAUUUGGUCAUCAUGGGGGCAAUCAUCCUGUUUGUGAUCUCCAAAGUGGACGUGUAGACAUAAGUGCACAGAACCAUAACUACGCAGUUGACCCACAAUCACUUCCAGAAGGGGUGAAAGUAACACACAUCAAUCUCAAUGAUAAUAGCUGUGCCGGCCUUCAGUACCCCAAGAUGAACCUUAUGUCUCUCCAGUACCAUCCUGAGUCCUCCCCAGGGCCGCAUGACUCUGACACAGCUUUCGGUGAAUUUAUAGAGCUCAUGAAGAACAAGUUGUGAGGAGGGAGGAGUACAUGAAAAGGUUAAUAAUUAUAUGGCUAUCCUUUGCGCCAAGCACAAAGGAUUGUUGUAUUUGUAUAUUUUUUGUCUUCCAGGUGUUUUAAUGCUUGAAUUUUUGGGUCAAUGGACUUGAGAAUAAGAUGCUUUGCACUUUAUACCAUUCAAUCACCUAGUUGAAACUCUU